AUGGGCGGAAACACCACAUUGGCGCAGCAGAAUGUGAAAGCUCUAUCUGAUGAGUUGGAAGCAGGGAAAGUGCUGAUCGAGCAACUCAAAUUACAGCUAAAGGCUCACGAAGAUAAAGAGGUUCUUGGAGCUGACCAACAUUGUGCAUCCGAACCAGUGAGCGAUGAUGGUAGCAUUGAGUUCAUUCCAGCAUCAGGUUCCUCAAGCACACAGAGAGCAGCACCAACAUUAUACGGCAAUCUGGAAGAGUCAAGAUUUAUGUCAUCAGUAAAUCAAUUAUCGGUGUCAUCAAUCAGUGUACCCGAAUGCAAGCCCGGAGACGGAGAUGAUGAAAUAUACAGACAUUCAUAUGAAACAUGGAGGGAGCUAUUGGAGGAUACAUUACGCCUUGCUGGCGUGGAUGAUGAAAGUACAAAAUUCACUAUUUUCAAAAUUAAGGCCGGACCACGACUGCUGAGAAUCUUUCGGAAUACUAAGUCACAGCAUGAUGCACCAGAUGCAGCUAUUGAACCAUUCGCGAACGCAAUGCAUCGUCUCAAGUCGUAUUUCGGUUCAGGAUCCGAUGUGAUGCUACAGAGACGGAAAUUGGCUAUGAUGAAGCAGAAGCCAGGUGAGACUAGUCUGUCGUUUAUCACUCGAGUCGGUGAUACAGCUCGCCUGUGCGAGUUUGGAGAAGAUAAAGAAUUUGAAGAGAUAGUAGGCGCCAUAGCAGAGCAUGCGAUGUGUCGGGAAGUUCGCAUCGCAGCCCUUAAAAUGCUCAGCCGAAAAGGUACGUUUGCAAGCCUAGUGGAUAAAGUACGGGAGCUCGAAGCGAUUAAGAUCAACGAGGAGUUUUUCAAACAGAACAACAGGAACCCAGAUUCCACAUUGAUUGCACAGGUGAGCGCCGGGUAUAAUACCAAUGACCGAGGAGCAAACUCACGUUACAACCCAAGACGAGGAAGAUUCCAGCAUAUUGCCUCGCGCAGAAGAGUUGAUCGAUACAAUCCAAUUCAAAGAUUCAGGUAUACAGGAGGAAAUGAAAGAAACCGAAAAACACCAUUCGAUCCGGAAAAUGGCCCUGAGAGAUGCUGGAGAUGUAGUAGCGUUUUCCACCAACCAUCCGAAUGUACCGCAGUGGAUAAAACAUGUUUGGGGUGCGGCAAUAUAGGUCAUAUCAGAAGAGCAUGCCGUAACUCGAAUAUCUCUCGUGAGUUCAAGAACACUACGGAUGGCAAAAUGAGACUUUCGGAGGCGAAAAUCGAGAAAAUCGCGGCGAUAGAGAAAUCGGAUUCCGAAGUCGUUCCGUUGGAAAAGGCUGUGCGAAUGGCAGAUCGUGCCGACAUGAUGAUAUUAUAUCAGAUAUACGUGGACAGUGACGACAACAUAGUUUCUGCAAAAGUGGCUGGAAUGCCAUGUGAGUUCCUGAUCGACUCUGGAGCUCAGGUGAAUACGUUCACGGAGAAGUCGUUUAGUUUGCUAAUGAGCGAUGACCGAUACAAAAAGGAUAUCUUCAACCUGCAGAGCGGAUCGGACCGUCAUCUGAAAGCGUACGCAACGCCAGAUGGAAUAAACGUGGUUGCAACAUUCGAAGCUUAUUUGUACCUGUCGGACGAACGACCGGUCCUGAUAGAGAAAUUCUAUGUCGUUAACGAAACCAGAGCCUUGCUUGGAAGAGCAACAGCAACCAGGUACAGUGUUCUGUUGCUUGGGCUCAAAGUACCGGUGGUAACAGUACCCCUUUACGAACAGAAAAACGGAUGGGAGGUUAAGGAUGAUAAGGUUAGGGCCUUAGAAAACUUCAGGAGACCGGUCAAUUGCGCCGAGGUUAAAAGCUUUCUCGGCCUGGUUACGUAUAUCGAUAGAUUCAUCUUAAAUCGAGCGGCUAAAACCCAUCAUCUUCGUGCGGUGGCCAAUGCUGACAAGUUUGUCUGGACUGACGACCACGAAAGAGAGUUCAAAUUCCUGACAAAUGAAGCUUUGAAGAUUAUCAAGCGACUUGGCUAUUACAAUUGCACAGACAAGAUUGAACUGUUUGUUGACGCUUCACCAAUUGGGUUAGGUGCCGUGCUGGUACAAUUCAAUUCGGAAGGAAAGCCCAGAAUUAUUGCGUGUGCCUCCAAAGCUCUCACGAGUACUGAACAGCGUUAUCCACAUACACAGAAAGAAGCUCUUGCAGUAGUAUGGGGAGUGGAACGUUUCUCGCCAUACCUUCUUAGUAAAUCUUUCAUAAUCCGUACUGAUGCAGAAGCAAAUGAGUACAUUUUUAAUAGUACCCAUCGACUCGGGAAAAGAGCAACCACUCGUGCGGAGUCAUGGGCACUGCGACUUCAACAAUACGAUUACACCAUUGAGCGGGUACCGGGAGUCAGAACGUGGCGGACGCCUUAUCCAGACUAA